GAAGUGAAGAUGAAUUCGAUGAAGCAGAUCUGUGUUUUGCUAGCAACAAUGAGAUGAAUAUAUUUGAUGAAAUUCUGGACUCUUAUGGGCAACUUUGUUCUGAAGAAAGUAAUAGUUUAGUAGAAGCUGAAGCUGAAGCUGAUUUAACUGAUUCAGAAGAGGGGUUAUAUCCCCUAAGUAAAGGGCAAAGCUUCACUAAUUGGAAAGAUAUUGAAAAGAGGGUUGCAACCUAA